GCAAUCCUUUCCUCUCAGCUUUUCAGGAAGGACGUUCGGUUUGGGGUGAUAUUUUUUGGGGGGUGUGUGCACAACCUACCAUGGCCACAUCUGGGAGGAUCAGUUUUACAGUGAGGAGCAUUUUGGAUUUACCAGAGCAGGAUGCUAAUAGCAUAAAGCAAGCCUCUGACCAUCGCCACUCAGCGGAGAACUACACCGGCUCGCCGUAUCGAGGGUGGAUAGAAACAGACAGAAAUCACUAUCCCUCUUCCGACGAGAGCGGCCCGGAGAUGAGCUUGCCCGACUCCACCCAAAGGUCGCUCCCCGCCCGCGGCUCGGAGGCCGAGGAGAAGAAGAAGAAGCGGCGGGUGCUCUUCUCCAAGGCGCAGACGCUGGAGUUGGAGCGGCGGUUCCGGCAGCAGCGGUACCUGUCGGCGCCGGAGCGGGAGCAGCUGGCCCGGCUGCUCAGCCUCACCCCCACGCAGGUGAAGAUCUGGUUCCAGAACCACCGCUACAAGAUGAAGCGGGCGCGAAGCGAGGGCCCCGGCAGCCCCCAGGCGCGCCCGCCCGCCCUGCUGCGCCGGGUGGUGGUGCCGGUGCUGGUGCGGGACGGGGAGCCCUGCCGCGGCUGCCCCGCCAGCCCGCCGGCUCCCGCAGCGCGCCCCAAGCUGGGCUGCGCCCUGGCGGGCUGCAGCGCCCAGGCCGCCCUCGCCCUGCAGGGCUACCGAGCCUGCCCGCCCGCCGCCGCCCUCGGCGUCUUCCCCGCGUACCAGCACUUAGCGCACCCCGCCGUGGUCUCCUGGGGAUGGUGACAGCGGCACUCAGCCCCCUGGGGCCGGACUCAUCCCACGGGCGCGGGGCCGCCCGCCCAGCCCCGGGGAAGGCGCCGCGGAAGGCGCCGGGGCACGGCGCGGGCGGGCCGGGCGGUGGAGCGCGGCUCCGGGCGGCGGCAGGCCGGGACGAGCUGGCCGGGGCCACGCUCCCCUGCACCGGCCUCACCCGAGGGCGAGGAUGCCGCGUGAGGCGCGAAUUUUGUAAAACCUCCGCUCCUCCUCCUCCUCCUCCUCCUGUUCGAGAGAUGCCUUGUUAAAAAUUAAUGAUCAUCCUAGCGACCUAGUGUACUUUAAAAUAGCUGACUCUUCCAGUGACUAAUAAAAUGAUUUUUGGCAAAUAAAUUUUUCCCGGCGGAGAAGUGUAGUUUUGACGAUUGGGACUGUUUCGUAGGAUUGCCUCCUGUGCUAUAAAAUCUUAAAUACUUGUCUCAAUAUCUCCAGUCGAAUUUGACUUUCAAGUUCUUUUAUUUUAUGCAUAUGAGCCGGUAAAUGGCAAAUAAAUUUUGCAGCAAGCAUCUCACUGUAAACGCUGUCAUAAUUCCUACGGGAAGCGUGAGCCCAGUGUCUCCCGCUCUAGCGACUCCCGCUCCCACGACUUUGCUUUUAAGCGGCGAUGUCUUCCACAGAGGCACUAAUGCAGGAUCCAGAAUUAAGCCAAUCUUUCCGUUAGCCUGAAACCGUUC